AUGGCCGCUGCACAGCAACCAAGCGGAUCUAUCCCCAUAAUCACCACCACCGCACCCGCUACUGCAUCGGGACCAGCACCGGCACCAGCAGAAACAGCACCAGCGCUCCCGCAGGGUACGUUCUCUUCCAUCCUCCCGGCGGUCGAGGAUGUCCUACAGCUCAUUUAUGGGUUGGCGGAAGGCGAUGCUGCUGCCACGACGGACGCGAUCGUUGCCAAGGCCAAGGAAGUCAACACCCAGCUUGCCAACAUGAAGAAGGCGGCCAACGACCUGCCGGGUGGUCACCUCGGCGUCGACGGCGUCGUAGCUGUGACAAGGGUGCUCGAGGAGCAGAUUGAGAGGAAGCACGCCGUCCUGCGAGCCUUUGGGGAGAUGCCCACGCCGACCGCAGACGGAGGGCCACCAGAGGUAACGACCGCAAGUGCUACUGCAACGCCUGCCGUCCAUCCUUGA